CUUAUUAAUAACCAGAAGGCGCUCGUUCCAAGAACCUUCCAUGAUGAAAGUGCUCGUUAUUUUGUUGAUUUCAGCGGUGCUGCUCGCUACGGAGAGUAGAGAGUAUGAACAUCACCUUAGUCUCAAAUCCAAUGUAUUUGACGUGUACUGGUCAGCCAAUACUACCGAUCCGUUCUUUCCAAGAUUUUACUUCAAAUUCGUUGCAAAGACAACAGGUUGGGCGGCUUUGGGUUGGUCGCAAACUACAUCAGGAAGACAUAUGCAGCAGUACGACAUUGCAUUAGGAGGAGUGAGAAACGGCAACGAAUCAUACAUCGGGGACUACUACUCUUCGGUGCAAAGCAAGCCUGACCGUGAUAACUUACAGUCCCUGGUCCUGACCAAUGCUACAGAAGCUGAUGGAUACACUACCAUUGAAUUCAACCGUGCUGCAAAUACAUUUGAUACAGCUACUGAUGUUCCAUUAAAAGGUCCUUCGCCAGCUCCAACUAACUUCGKYAAGCAUAGUGAUAGAAAUURCACUAKAUUUGCCUACRACAUGUAUACUGGAGAACGGUUUGAAGAUAGUUCAAGUACUAGUGUACCAAGCUCGUCUACUACAGCAAAACCAAGUGAUACUACAACCUCAGAUAGUAGAAAUACUGGUGAGCCAGGCUCGUCUACUACAGAACCUUCUGUUGCUAUUACCAACAUACCCUCACUAACUGUUGUAAUUGUGCUUCUCCAACUGGGCACUUUUCUGAUGUAGCACUAAUGUGGUUUCUUAAAAAAACCUGCUAUCAGCCUUUUCUAUGCUGAUUUUUCAUUGAUUAUUUUGGAUUUCCCACCUGAUUAAGGUAAUCAACGGCAUCAACGCAAAUUAAGGAGAAUAUUUUAUGUUACCUUGAUCAUUUUAAUAUUUUUAUACACAAAAUGAUGCGCACUUUCAUUUGUAAGUAACUAUGUUAAAACAUGUCAAAAGCGCUUCCAUUGAAUAUUUUGUCUUUUUAGGCCCCGUCCGCACUUAUCCGGAAAGUUUUUGUAUCCGUAUCCGGAAAUUUUCGAAAACGGUCUCCAGAGUGGAAAUUUUUGAAUACGCUCUGAAUACGGAUACGUGUGGACGGUCGUAUCCGCAAAUUUUCGAAUA